AAACUCUCACGCAACCUUUCCACUCUUCCCUUCCAGCUCUUCUAGGUUCGCCGUCUCGAAAGAACUGCGCUUUUACUUCCACUAGGCCAUCUCGCUCUACUAGAGUCUCUCCAUCGUGACGAUGUGUCACGCCCCAGUGGGCCCAUACCCCGUCGGGGCUGCGUCAGCCAACUCGGAGUGGAUGCAACGGCCCGUUGCUGGGCACCCGGUGCUGCCGGCGUCGGAGGGCAUGAUGUCACUCCACCAGAGACGCCGUCGAUUUACGCGCCCGACGUGUGUCAUAGGAACCGCCGGCGGGGCGGCGGAGCGCAGACUGAGCCCAACGGAUCAAGACGCCGCAGAAUCUUCCCCGUCCGCCGCGUCAAACGCCGCGAAUUGCGCGAGCUCUCCUGCUGAAACUGCUAGGAGCCCGUCUGGAGCCGCCUCGUGGCGGCCCGGAGCUGUGCCAGUUCCCGUUCGCAGCCCGAAUGCCGCAGUCGUGCGACGACGCGCAUUUUCGUCUCUCGACAUGGACCUCGAAUGGGGAGCGCCGCAGCCGGACGCCGCCGGCCGCGGGAGCUCGGCGCCGCGUCAAACGGAUCCGCCACGCGGCGAUAUCAUGCGACGUGGGCAAUCACUCAGCGCCGACAGCACUCCCGCCCCCAUGACGAGAUGCUUGGCGUCGCCAACAAAGCCGAAAUGCGGCGGGCCGGCGGCAAACCGCCGCGUGACCUUCAAUCCGCUCGUUCGUGUUCGCGCUAUCCCGCCACGACUGCCGCCUGCCGUCGCCAACGCCGCCGUAGAAGCAGCCUCCGUUGCUACGACAAAUAAUUCAGCUCCCCCGGCGCCCCAAAAGUCGGGGCUGUCAUUUGUUCGAAGGAACAUGACCAACGCGCGGUCCAAGGCGGCUUUGAGCUGCCGGGUCGAGGGGGAAUGUCGACUGGAGAGCAAUCAACAGGGUGUACUCGCACCGUGAAGCUCGCUGUGUAGACUUUUACUAUUAUUAUAAUAUUUAGCACACGCAGUGUUUUUCAAAAAUUGUGUAUUGUGAAAGCUAAACUGAUUGUACUGAAGCUUUGGGCAGCGUCUAAAUGCG